CUUAGAGCACAAAGAAGAGGAAAGAAGAGACAGAGAGGGAGAGUUUGUUCCUUUCACUUUUUUCACUGUUAGACUUUUGAAAAUUAGUUUGGGAUUAUUUUAGAAACUUGAAAAAAGUAUUUUAGAUCCUUUUUCUGUCUUGGACCAAACUGCAGCGUCAUCAUGUAUUCACUGCUGGGCGUUGCCUUGCUGACUUUGACUCUGUCAGCCCCCACCUUGGCCUUUGUCCCUAUUGGAGGAGGUUCAUCGAGUCAUAUCAGCAUUACUGGGACGGCCCUGCUGCAAAAAGUUACAGAGACGUGCCGGGCGGUGGCAGAGGAAGCCGGUUAUGAAUUCAAACCCACGGGAUCUUCUCCAGGGGAGUUGGUCCAGGCCUGUCUGGGUCCGACAGCACCAGGAGAUGUUUCUGGUGCCAAAUUUCAUUCAGCUCUUCAAGAGAUCUACACCCAGAACGGUCUUGUGGACCGUGACUUUGCAAACAGUGCUCCGCAUCACUUCAACUCUGAAGCUUUCUUAGAGGGCCGUGGACUAAUCACUGGGGGCGUGGUGGCCAUUAAGGCUAACAUUCGCAAGGAGAACUUCAAGGCAGCCAGGGAAACAUUGGGCAGAGUCCUGCACACAUUACAGGACUUCUACAGCCACAGCAACUGGGUGGAGUUGGGAUACACAGAGCCAUACAAUAACCUCAUAAGACCAGAUCAGCCUCUAGAAAACCUGGCAGAUUUGAAUACUCCCACCUGCAGAGACUGCAGCAGUGGAACGUGUCAAAAUCAGAUCCUCUCCAACAUCCUGAAUGAGAAGAAGCUCACCUCAGGCUACAUGGGAAUCUUUUCAUCUCAGAAGCCCAAAGGUAAAUGCAGCCAUGGAGGUACAUCUGAUCUCACCAGCACGGUAAUUCCUCGUGGAGGCAUCAACAAAGACGAGCGUCGCCAGGACAAUAAGGCCUUUCAUGAUGCUGCUGUUAAAGCAGCAAUAGCUGCCAGCCUCCAUCUCUUAGAUGACAUCUGUUUGGCAUCAGGCAACCGUGACUUUUUGAGAAUGAUGGGGAUUGCGCGCUCAUCUGUUGUGUGCUUUGUCAUUGACACCACCGGCAGCAUGUCGGAAGAUAUCGAAGAAGCUAGGGCAGUUGUUUAUAAAAUCAUUGACAGCAAAAAGGGAACACAGGAUGAACCAUCUGAGUACAUCCUUGUGCCCUUCAAUGACCCAGAAUUUGGACCUAUAAUCAGGACAAGUGAUGCUGAGAAAAUGAAAACAGAAAUCUCCAAGCUUAAAGCAAAAGGUGGUGGAGAUACGCCAGAGAUGUGCCUUUCAGGACUUCAGAUGGCUCUUACAGGAGCCCCUUCUUCAUCCAACAUCUAUGUUUUCACUGAUGCCACAGCCAAAGACAUUGCCCUAAAAGACACAAUUAUUGCUCUCAUUAGACGCACAAAGUCAACGGUCUCAUUCUUUAUGACAAGUUUUAGUAGUAGGAGGCGGCGGCGUUCUCUAGGAGCUGCCUCCUUCAGUGACUACAUGGACUUGGCUUUGGCAUCUGGAGGCCAAGCCAUCCAGGUGUCUAAGUCACAACUCCCUCAGGCUACAGAUAUCAUCCUUGACACCUCAACCUCUGCCCUGGUAACAGUUUUUCAGAGAGCUGUGACUGGUGGAGAACUAAAGACUUUCAUCUUUGUGUUGGAUGAAUCCCUGAAAAGCAUCACUAUCUACAUAACAGGAACAUCCCUAACUUUUACAUUGACUAAUCCUGCUGGGGUUACCCAAAGUAACAAUGAAGCCAGCGGUAAACUGGGAACCAUCCAGACAGUGGGUAACCUGUGGAGAUUCCGUCUGAACCCUGACAAGCAGUCGGGAGACUGGACGAUCAACAUCCAAUCCAAUCAGCCGUACACUGUCAAAGUCACAGGUCAGAGCAUACUUACCUUUAUCUAUGACUUUGUGGAGAAGUUUACUGGACCUCACUCAGGUUAUGCAACACUCACUGGACGCCCACAAGCAGGCCAGCCCACCACCGUAAUGCUAUCAGCAAUAGGGAGAAAAGGCCCGUCUUCCUUAACUGUCGAACAGGUUGGCUUGGUGACAGUGUCCGGUCCGAAGGCAGUAACCAACGGCACAAUAGCUGAUAUGGGCAACGGAGACCUCCUGGUCACGGUUGAUGCGGUUCCUGAGGGGGAGUUCGUGCUCCUUCUGAAAGGAACGGACAAAACGUCUGCCAGCGAAUUUCAGAGACAGUCCACCACCCAGAUGUCCGUCUCCAAAGUUAAUAUCCAGGCUGCAGUGGACAGCAGUGUUGAGCCAGGAGAAACUUUUAAACUUCCCUUCAGUGUGAUGACCCAGGGGGCGGCAGGUACAUAUGUCAUCAACGCCCAAAACGACAGAAACUUUCCAAUGACCUAUCCAAAAAGCCUCAGCUUGUCAACUGGACGGUACACUAACGCUACACUGACCAUCACACCCUCUGCCGCCACAGAGUCAGGCACCGACGUCACGCUGACUAUUGAAGCCAAGUCCUCAAGUGGCGCUGACUCCAAUUACGCUGUUCUGAGAUUGUCUGUUGUCACUAAGAUCACAGAUUUCAUCCCACCAAAGUGUGAGGUGACUAGCGUGUUGGCAGAUGAUUGUCCUAAAGAUGUCUCGCAGUGUGGACCUUUCAGGUGGGAGCUGUCGGCCAACCUCACUGAUGAAAACGGCACUGGGAUUGCGAGCAUAUCCUUGAAUCAAGGCAACGGGACCUUUAAACACACCCCUUUGAAUGCUUCCAUCGUCAAAGCGUUCUACAAUGCCUCCUGCUGUUCGCAGAUAGUCAAGAUUGUAGCUGUGGAUAAAGUUGGCAAUGUGGGCAAAUGCUACCACUCAAUCAUUCGCUCAGCUGGCUUUCCUGCUCCAACUCUGUCGUUGCCACUGUGGCUUUGCCUUUUGGUAUCAAUUUUUAUCGUAAGGCUUUAAAGAAAUAUACACAUAUGCUGAUAAUGAAUGUUAAAUAUUUCUAUAAAAUAUGCUUAUGCUUUGGGUGAAAAAAAUAGGCUGCUUUUGUUCUGUGCUUUUGACUAAAUAUAAUUUCAAGCAGUGUGUUAACUUUAAAACUUAAAUCAGAGGCACAACUUGAGUUCAGCAAAAGUUCAAAAGUUCCUUUUGAUGUUAAACUUACAUUCAUUGCACUCCAUGUUGCUCCUUGAAAAAGCAUGUUGCCUUCCUGGGAACAUCGCCAAGAAAAAUAACCUGCAGGUUGGAUGAAUUAGAUCAUUGCUAAAAAACAGACUCAACUGUAAUAUUGCAACUUGUUUUAAUACUUAAGAGUUAAGCACUAUAUGCAUAUCUGGACUGUUAUUGAAUAUUAGUACUGCAGUAAAUUAAUCACUGAUUAAAAAGUUAUGUCUCCCCCCAGGAGCCCUGCCUCAUGAAGGAAGCCUCUUUUAGGGCACCUGUGUCCUUUUAGAUGAGUGAACAAAUAAUUUCCCCUUAAGAAAAUGUUUGGUGUGGUUUUGAAAGUCUCAUACCAAAACUUAACAAAUAAGGUCUCUAGACAGAUUACAUGGUAUACACAAUGUAAACUACAGGACACAUGUAUUCAAAUCCACAUACACCCAGGGUUAAAGGGCAUCAACUAAUUGCUGCAUUACAAAACAAAUUCACUCUUUUUGUAUUUUUUGACUGCUUGUUCAUCAAUGGUAUAAUAUUAAAGAUAUGAAGCCUAAAUGCUGUUACUUCUGGUAAGAUUUAACAAUGUUAUCUCUUGAUAUUUUGGUUGCCCUUAAGUAUCUUUUCUAGCCUUUUCAGCAGGAAACCCUCAAUACAUGGAUUUCUACGGGAUGGUGUAAACAGUGAUUUUAGGUUAAAGGUGUUAAAGGUUGCAUGGUAACUUACACUUCAUGUGAUUAAAAAGGAUCAUGAGAAUAAC